AUGGUGUUACCUGAAGGAAACGAGAGCGGCACACCUACCUUUAUUCUCUUGGGUUUCUCAGAAUACUCAGAAAUCCAGGUUCUCCUCUUUCUGCUUUUCUUGGCCAUCUACACGGUCACGGUGGUGGGCAAUUUGGGCAUGAUAAUAAUUAUCAAGAUCAAUCCCAAACUCCACACCAUCAUGUACUUUUUCCUUAGUCACUUGUCCUUUGUAGACUUCUGUUAUUCCACCGUAGUCACACCUAAACUGUUGGAGAACUUGGUCGUGGAAGACAGGACUAUCUCUUUCUCUGGUUGCAUAUUGCAAUUUUGUUUUGCUUGCAUUUUUGGAGUGACAGAAACUUUCAUGUUAGCGGCGAUGGCUUAUGACCGUUUUGUGGCAGUCUGCAGCCCCUUGCUCUACACGACUGCCAUGUCUCAGAAGCUCUGUGCUCUUCUGGUGUCUGGGUCGUACACAUGGGGCAUCGUGUGUUCCCUGACACUCACGUAUUUUCUGCUUAAACUGUCCUAUUGCGAAUCUAGCAUCAUAGAUAAUUUUAUCUGUGACCACUCUGUAAUUGUCUCUGUGUCCUGCUCAGACCCCUAUCUCAGUCAGAUGCUGUGUUUUGCUGUUGCUGUAUUCAAUGAGACGAGUAGCCUCAUGGUAAUUCUUGCAUCCUAUGUGCUCAUUUUCACCGCUGUUAUGAAGAUGCCUUCUGCAAGUGGGCGUUCAAAAACCUUCUCCACCUGUGCUUCACACCUUGCUGCCAUCACCAUCUUCCACGGAACCAUUCUUUUCCUUUACUGUGUUCCUAAUCUUAAAACAUCUAGGCUCAUAGUAAAAGUGGCUUCUGUUUUUUACACAAUUAUGAUUCCGAUGCUGAACCCACUGAUCUAUAGCCUUAGGAACAAAGAUGUGAAGGACAUGUUUGGAAAAUUAGUUCUCACUAAAUUGCUUUGUCACUAA